UUAAGAGUGGCCGCAGGUGUGAGUGGUGUCGGGUUACCUGUAGCUUCCUCGCUGGAGAGGAGAGGAGAGGAGAGCAAAUAAAAGAAAUCCCCCAGCUGCAUGCAAGGGCUCAAAGCUUCCUCCAUUUCCCAGCUCCGUGCGGGUUAGCAGAAGGAAACAGGCAUGCCUUUGGGGAAGAAGGUCCGGCCCAGCACCGCAGUCGGGAGGUUGGAAACUUACAACACCGCCAGCAUCUUCCAUAAUGCAGGUCCAGCUAGUGCCAAGUCUCCGACCUCCAGGAUCAGCUGUAUACAAGCACGUGCAAGGACAUCCAUUCCAGAGAGCAGAGCAGUGGAGGGCACUAGCCGAUGCCCCUCGCAGGCCGAGCAGACAGAGUGGUUGGAGACAGAGACGGAGCCGCUGAAACACUAUCCCAGACGCCACUCCGUGGGGCUAGGCCAGAGCGUAGCAACCAAUGAAAACAUUCAACGGUUCGGGGACACCAUUAAAAGCUUGAGGAAGGGCAAGAUUGAACAGCAUGUCUCCUUGACACAUCUGAAAAGCAUCCAGGCUGCAUUUGAAGAAUCUAGAAACAAUGGUAGGACACCGUUGGAUGUGGAAGAUUUUAAGAUGAUAAUGAAGAAAUGCAUGGGAUAUCAUGCCAUACAUGAUGACCAAAUAGAGGAACUGUUCAGGAAGAUUGAUUAUUCUGCAGAUGGUCAGAUUGAAUGGGAUGAAUUCUGUACAUACAUGCAACUGAAGUACAAGAGGAUUGAGGAGUCUUACGUGCGAUCAAAACAUGUCUCGUUCUCCCUUCCAGCCACGUUCAGGGAGCUCUCUCAUGCUGAGCUGAUCCUACGCAUUUACUUCACUCCUGACCAGAGCUUCAUCAUGAUGAGAGAAGAUGGAACCAUCUCCUUCUGGUCAGCCCAGCUCAAACUGAAGCGGAGCAAGAGACUCUUCGAGAAGCCUUUUCACCGAAAGCCAAAAUGGGUGACUGACUUCACCACCAUGUAUCAAUAUAACAAGUUUAUUCUCAGCACUGGAGAUCGGGAGAUUCAGAUCUAUGAGCUUUCCACCUUUGAACCGUAUUGUCAAAUUGCUGGAUUGGAAACAUGCCCUUUGCAGCUUGACUAUUGUUCUACAGGGGCUGAUGACUGCAUGAUCUUGUACGGAGAUGACCAGGGCUGUGUGAACAUUUUACUUCUAUCGUCUGUAGGUGAAACUUUAAGAACAUGGAAGAAGUGCCCAAAGGUGGACAAUAUGCCCAGCAUAAGCAUCGAAAACUCUGCCCUGUCACCAAACGUGACCUACAUUCGCUGGAAGGUGCAUGAAGACUGGGUUACACAGCUGAAAUAUUAUGACUCCAUCACCUCGGUCAUAACUGCUUCCAGUCACGAAGCCACAGCCUUGGUAAUCGGCUGUACCACUGGGACCACAAACCUGGAGAGACAGAUGAAGGAGAUGAGAGAAUGCUGGAAAGAGGGGAAGACCACUAAAUGUCAUGGUCCUUGUGUUCCUCAGAAGAGGCUGGAGUGUGACCAGUCUGUAUUCUGUGUGCACAAAGGGGUGAAGACUUUUGACUUGUGCAAGAAGAAGAACUUGCUGGUUACAGGAGGGAUGGACCGGUUGGUGCGGAUGUGGAACCCUUAUGUUCCUGGGAAAGCUACCGGUUCUUUGAGAGGUCACUGUGCCCCGAUCUGCUUUCUUUCCAUUUCCACCGAUGACAAUAAACUUUUCUCUGUCUCCACUGACAACACUGUAAAGAUCUGGGAUACUGAGGAUCAAUAUUGCCUGUACACAGCUAACCAACAAGUCAGUGGAAUUAAAGGAGAUAUAUCCACAAGCCUCUACAUUCCAGCGAUCAAAGCACUCUGCAUUGCUGCAGACUCCAUCGCCCUGCUGCACCUCAAGAUACAAGCUCAGCCUCAGCCGCACCACGUUAUCUCCCACAAAGAGCCGGCCCUUUGCUGCGUUUAUUGCAGGGAGUUUCGACAGGUCAUCAGCUGUUCAGAAGGAUCGGUGAUCAAAGUCUGGGACCUGGACACAGGGAACCUUGCGUUUGAGUUUAGCAGAGCCCACGGUGGUGCUGCCAUUUGUUGCAUGACCUUUGAUGACAGUGGGAGAAGAUUGAUCACAGGAGGAAGAGAUGGAUGUGUGAAGAUUUGGAAUCAUAAUAAUGGCCACUGCUUGAAAAUAUUGAAAAAAGAGGGCCGAAGUGAUGAAAUCUGUGACUGUACCUAUGUGGAGAUGCAUAAAAAUAAUUAUAUCCUUGCUGUUGGGUGGGAUAGAAGAAUAAACAUAUACUGUGACUCAUCUGACCACCUCCAUCACGUACUGCCUCCUCAACCACACUGGCCCGAUGAUCUGAAAUGGGGGCACAAAGAUGAUAUUCUAUGCAUCGCUCAGUGUCCUCCAACUCUACUGGCAACAUCUAGCUACGAUGGAGAAACUAUUGUAUGGAAUAUGAUCUCUGGUCACAUUUGUUGCCAUCUACACAACCCGUCAAAUCGCGUGUGUGGAGAGGGAAGAGUAAUAGAUAAAAGUGUAAAUAAAGUUAUAUUCUUGAAAAGUCGAGCACUGAAGAUUGAAUUAGGAGCAUCCCUGGUUACAACUGGUCCCCAAGGUUCACUUGUAUUCUGGAGCCUGUUGAAUGGUGGACAGCUCUAUGCUGCUUUUCCUGCUUCCUUGCAUUGCAAUAAAGUUCAAGAUUGUGAAAAUGGAGCUGACGAGGAAGACUGCGUUCCACGGCAGCCUGUGCACCUGUUAAAACAUGAAAAUUCUGAUAACGAGUACCAGGAGUUACCAGAUACUCUCUCCGAGCAUGAUGAUAACAGACAUAACAUACACGCUCUGGUUGAUUCCACUAACAAGCACCUCGACCCUGAAGUUUCACUUCAUGUCAACAAAACCAUUACAGUUGCAAAGAUCGAUACUGGGGCCAAAUUUGCAACUCUGCUUGGCAUUGAUGCAUGCCAGGACCAAGGACACAUUCCGCAUGCAAUGUAUGACAGAGUACACAAUGAGCUCCAGCAGAUGGUGUUCCUGGGUGUCAUUGCGCCGGUUACCGACCCACCCGACAGGGUUUCCACCAUGGUGGUCGUAACAAAGAAAAACAAAGACGAAAUCCGAAUUUAUAUGAACCCCAGAGAUCUGAACACCGCGAUCAAACGCCCGUACUUCCCGAUGCGCAUGGUGGAGGAAGUUGCUGCUCAGCUAGGCAGUGCCUCCAUGUUUUAUGUUCUGGAUGCCAAAAGCUCAUUCUGGCAGAUCCUGCUGGACCCCGAAUCGUCCAAACUCACCAUGUUUGGCACCCCCUUUGGCCGUUACAAGUUCCUGCGGAUGCCCUUUGGCAUCAACUCUGCUAGCGAAUCGGGCUGGUCCCACGUCACUAGCAAUCCAGAAUCCCCACAAUCAAACGGACUUGCAGAACGGGCUGUCCAGAGCUCCAAGCAAUUGAUGGAGCGCUCACACCUUGCUAAAUCCGAUAUCUAUCUGGACCUGCUCAACCUAAGAAACAUCACCCGUGACCCAAUACUGGGGUCUCUUGCCCAACGCCUGAUGACCGACAGACCCGUGCUGCACUGCCUGUGCCCCAACAACUACUGCAGCCACAGGUUCAUUCACCACUUGCUGUCCAGAAACAGCAACUGA